GAGUGCAAUGUAUCGUCACGUGGUGCCCGUGGUGGGCUUCUAUCAAAUUGCUAUUCUAGCGGCGAACACCCCGUCGGAAUGUAUCCGUUGUGAUUGAUUAAACGCAUUUGACAUUGACUGCAAUUAACGUUGAAUUGAACACAAAGCAAAACUUGUACCAAACAAAGCAAAAUGGUUCUGGAAGAUUAUAAAGAAAUUGUUGGCUCUUCUGCCGCGUACACCACGAUACUUCACAUGUUAUCCGGAACACUGAUAUGCAGAGAUAUAUACAAAAAAGGUACAUCAGAAGGAUUUGAUCCAAUGCCUUUUCUUGGAGGUGUAGGACUAUGCCUUUUGAUGCUUCGAUAUGCUUGGAUGGUAGAUGAUAUUAACAUGAAAGUUGUUAACAUAUUUGGCUUCUUGGUAAACAUUGUCUAUAUGGCAGUAUACUACUACUACACUCCAAACACGAGAAAACUACUUAAACAAGUAUCCAAGGUAUCCAUGUUUGUCACAAUUCUCCUCGCGUAUGCUCAGGUGGAAGAUCCAGAAGUUGUUGAACAUAGAUUUGGUAUUGUGGUUACAGUACUUCUCUUGCUUCUAAUUGCUUCACCUCUUGCACAUCUCAGAGAAGUUAUAAGAACGAAGAGCACGGAAAUUCUUCCAUUUCCGCUUAUUUUUAUGGGCACUCUAGUUUCUUUCCAAUGGUUGCUGUACGGCGUUAUCAUUGAUAACAGUUUUCUUAUCUUUCAGAAUGCAGUUGGUUUCAUACUCAGCGUAUCUCAACUGUCUCUCUUUGCGAUAUUCCCAUCCAAGAGGGAGCCGAAGAAGAUAGAUUAAAUCAGAAGUCUUCCAAAAUAUUUUACUGUGACACAAAACCUAGGUUGUUAUUUUUAGAAAAUUACUGUUUUUCAAUGUAUCGUUAUAUUUUCAGAAAACAUUUGUAUCUUAAAUCAAAUAUUACACACGUGUAUAAAAGAACGCAAUCAAUAAACGUGCAAACUUGUUAUUGUUAA